AUGCGCAUUCAACAGGACUUCAUCAAGUCUAAGGAGUUGGAGGUUGAAGAGAUCCUGGCGGCUUCCUCUUCACACCUUACCGCUUUGGCGACUAAGACCGAAGACUACAUCAAAAGCCUUACCACCGACCCCGAGCUCACCGUGUCUGAUGCGGCGAAGGAGCGAUUCCGGAAGAUUAAGGGUCAGUGUAUCGAGAAGGCUAAGUCGGAGGUGUCUAACGCCAGGGAUGAGCUCGUCAUCCGAGAGUUGGUAAUGCAGAAGGAAAAGGAAGCCGAGGAUUUGAAGAAGGCUGCUGCUGCCGAAGAGAUGGAACAUAUGGAGACGGAUCCGGCAAUCGACGAGCUGAUUCGGAAAGCUACAAAGGAGUACGGCGAGACGCUACGCAAGGAGAUCACAGCGAGCGUUGAGGCGAAACUCACUGCUAAGUUCAAGAAGAACUUGUCGAUGGGACCACAGGAUCCCAAGCCGGCCCCUGCGUCCACGAAGCCCAAGGCGGACCCGUCCAAGGACCAGAAAUUUUCUGGCACCAAGGCAGAUGUACCGAAGGCUACGAGGAAACGCGGGAAAACCAAGAAGAAAGUGAAAUCUCAAGGCGGCGGCAGGGGGAAGGGCCAAGAAGCAUCCUCGACCAAGGCCCAAGUCUGCCCGCCCUUGGCCUACCAUCCACCCACCGCACAUUUCUAUUCAGUUACGUUGAGACGUCUCAAAAGGCUGCAGCGAGUGGAGAGCAGUCUAAGAGCGGUGCUGCUGCAGCUGCUGUCAGGCCGCAUUUCCGUCCCUGCUCUCCUGCCCAUCCCUGCUCUCCUGCCCAUCCCUGCUCUCCUGCCCAUCCCUGCUCUCCUGCCCAUCCCUGCUCUCCUGCCCAUCCCUGCUCUCCUGCCCAUCCCUGCUCUCCUGCCCAUCCCUGCUCUCCUGCCCAUCCCUGCUCUCCUGCCCAUCCCUGCUCUCCUGCCCAUCCCUGCUCUCCUGCCCGUCCCUGCUCUCCUGCCCGUCCCUGCUCCUGCCGUCCCUCCUCUCCUGCCCGUCCCUGCUCUCCUGCCCGUCCCUGCUCUCCUGCCCAUCCCUGCUCUCCUGCCCAUCCCUGCUCUCCUGCCCAUCCCUGCUCUCCUGCCCAUCCCUGCUCUCCUGCCCAUCCCUGCUCUCCUGCCCAUCCCUGCUCUCCUGCCCGUCCCUGCUCUCCUGCCCGUCCCUGCUCUCCUGCCCGUCCCUGCUCUCCUGCCCGUCCCUGCUCUCCUGCCCAUCCCUGCUCUCCUGCCCGUCCCUGCUCUCCUGCCCGUCCCUGCUCUCCUACCCAUCCCUGCUCUCCUACCCGUCCCUGCUCUCCUGCCCGUCCCUGCUCUCCUGCCCGUCCCUGCUCUCCUGCUCAGCCCUGCUCUCCUGCCCAUCCCUGCUCUCCUGCCCAUCCCUGCUCUCCUGCCCAUCCCUGCUCUCCUGCCCAUCCCUGCUCUCCUGCCCAUCCCUGCUCUCCUGCCCAUCCCUGCUCUCCUGCCCAUCCCUGCUCUCCUGCCCAUCCCUGCUCUCCUGCCCAUCCCUGCUCUCCUGCCCAUCCCUGCUCUCCUGCCCAUCCCUGCUCUCCUGCCCAUCCCUGCUCUCCUGCCCAUCCCUGCUCUCCUGCCCAUCCCUGCUCUCCUGCCCAUCCCUGCUCUCCUGCCCAUCCCUGCUCUCCUGCCCAUCCCUGCUCUCCUGCCCAUCCCUGCUCUCCUGCCCAUCCCUGCUCUCCUGCCCAUCCCUGCUCUCCUGCCCAUCCCUGCUCUCCUGCCCAUCCCUGCUCUCCUGCCCAUCCCUGCUCUCCUGCCCAUCCCUGCUCUCCUGCCCAUCCCUGCUCUCCUGCCCAUCCCUGCUCUCCUGCCCAUCCCUGCUCUCCUGCCCAUCCCUGCUCUCCUGCCCAUCCCUGCUCUCCUGCCCAUCCCUGCUCUCCUGCCCAUCCCUGCUCUCCUGCCCAUCCCUGCUCUCCUGCCCAUCCCUGCUCUCCUGCCCAUCCCUGCUCUCCUGCCCAGCCCUGCUCUCCUGCCCGUCCCUGCUCUCCUGCCCGUCCCUGCUCUCCUGCCCGUCCCUGCUCUCCUGCCCGUCCCUGCUCUCCUGCCCAUCCCUGCUCUCCUGCCCGUCCCUGCUCUCCUGCCCGUCCCUGCUCUCCUGCCCGUCCCUGCUCUCCUGCUCAUCCCUGCUCUCCUGCCCAUCCCUGCUCUCCUGCCCAUCCCUGCUCUCCUGCCCAUCCCUGCUCUCCUGCCCGUCCCUGCUCUCCUGCCCAUCCCUGCUCUCCUGCCCAUCCCUGCUCUCCUGCCCAUCCCUGCUCUCCUGCCCAUCCGUGCUCUCCUGCCCAUCCCUGCUCUCCUGCCCAUCCCUGCUCUCCUGCCCAUCCCUGUUCUCCUGCCCAUCCCUGCUCUCCUGCCCAUCCCUGCUCUCCUGCCCAUCCCUGCUCUCCUGCCCAUCCCUGCUCUCCUGCCCGUCCCUGCUCUCCUGCCCGUCCCUGCUCUCCUGCCCGUCCCUGCUCUCCUGCCCGUCCCUGCUCUCCUGCCCGUCCCUGCUGUCCUGCCCAUCCCUGCUCUCCUGCCCGUCCCUGCUCUCCUGCCCGUCCCUGCUCUCCUGCCCGUCCCUGCUCUCCUGCCCAUCCCUGCUCUCCUGCCCGUCCCUGCUCUCCUGCCCAUCCCUGCUCUCCUGCCCAUCCCUGCUCUCCUGCCAAUCCCUGCUCUCCUGCCCAUCCCUGCUCUCCUGCCCAUCCCUGCUCUCCUGCCCGUCCCCGCUCUCCUGCCCGUCCCUGCUCUCCUGCCCGUCCCUGCUCUCCUGCCCAUCCCUGCUCUCCUGCCCAUCCCUGCUCUCCUGCCCAUCCCUGCUCUCCUACCCAUCCCUGCUCUCCUGCCCGUCCCUGCUCUCCUGCCCGUCCCUGCUCUCCUGCCCAUCCCUGCUCUUCUGCCCGUCCCUGCUCUCCUGCCCGUCCCUGCUCUCCUGCCCGUCCCUGCUCUCCUGCCCGUCCCUGCUCUCCUGCCCAUCCCUGCUCUCCUGCCCAUCCCUGCUCUCCUGCCCAUCCUGCUCUCCUGCCCAUCCCUGCUCUCCUGCCCAUCCCUGCUCUCCUGCCCAUCCCUGCUCUCCUGCCCAUCCCUGCUCUCCUGCCCAUCCCUGCUCUCCUGCCCGUCCCCGCUCUCCUGCCCGUCCCUGCUCUCCUGCCCAUCCCUGCUCUCCUGCCCAUCCCUGCUCUCCUGCCCGUCCCCGCUCUCCUGCCCGUCCCUGCUCUCCUGCCCAUCCCUGCUCUCCUGCCCAUCCCUGCUCUCCUGCCCGUCCCUGCUCUCCUGCACGUCCCUGCUCUCCUGCCCGUCCCUGCUCUCCUGCCCAUCCCUGCUCUCCUGCCCGUCCCUGCUCUCCUGCCCGUCCCUGCUCUCCUGCCCAUCCCUGCUCUCCUGCCCGUCCCUGCUCUCCUGCCCGUCCCUGCUGUCCUGCCCGUCCCUGCUCUAUUGCCCAUCCCUGCUCUCCUGCCCGUCCCUGCUCUCCUGCCCGUCCCUGCUCUCCUGCCCGUCCCUGCUCUCCUGCCCGUCCCUGCUCUCCUGCCCAUCCCUCCUCUCCUGCCCAUCCCUGCUCUCCUGCCCAUCCCUGCUCUCCUGCCCAUCCCUGCUCUCCUGCCCAUCCCUGCUCUCCUGCCCAUCCCCGCUCUCCUGCCCGUCCCCGCUCUCCUGCCCGUCCCUGCUCUCCUGCCCAUCCCUGCUCUCCUGCCCAUCCCUGCUCUCCUGCCCAUCCCUGCUCUCCUGCCCAUCCCUGCUCUCCUGCCCAUCCCUGCUCUCCUACCCAUCCCUGCUCUCCUGCCCGUCCCUGCUCUCCUGCCCGUCCCUGCUCUCCUGCCCGUCCCUGCUCUCCUGCCCGUCCCUGCUCUCCUGCCCAUCCCUGCUCUCCUGCCCGUCCCUGCUCUCCUGCCCGUCCCUGCUCUCCUGCCCAUCCCUGCUCUCCUGCCCGUCCCUGCUCUCCUGCUCAUCCCUGCUCUCCUGCUCAUCCCUGCUCUCCUGCCCAUCCCUGCUCUCCUGCCCAUCCCUGCUCUCCUGCCCAUCCCUGCUCUCCUGCCCAUCUAUGCUCUCUUGCCCAUCCCUGCUCUCCUGCCCAUCCCUGCUCUCCUGCCCAUCCCUGUUCUCCUGCCCAUCCCUGCUCUCCUGCCCAUCCCUGAUCUCCUGCCCAUCCCUGCUCUCCUGCCCAUCCCUGAUCUCCUGCCCAUCCCUGCUCUCCUGCCCAUCCCUGCUCUCCUACCCAUCCCUGCUCUCCUGCCCGUUCCUGCUCUCCUGCCCGUCCCUGCUCUCCUGCCCAUCCCUGCUCUCCUGCCCAUCCCUGCUCUUCUGCCCGUCCCUGCUCUCCUGCCCAUCCCUGCUCUCCUGCCCAUCUAUGCUCUCUUGCCCAUCCCUGCUCUCCUGCCCAUCCCUGCUCUCCUGCCCAUCCCUGCUCUCCUGCCCAUCCCUGCUCUCCUGCCCAUCCCUGCUCUCUUGCCCGUCCCCGCUCUCGUGCCCGUCCCUGCUCUCCUGCCCAUCCCUGCUCUCCUGCCCAUCCCUGCUCUCCUGCCCAUCCCUGCUCUCCUGGUCAUCCCUGCUCUCCUGCCCAUCCCUGCUCUCCUGCCCAUCCUGCUCUCCUGCCCAUCCCUGCUCUCCUGCCCAUCCCUGCUCUCCUGCCCAUCCCUGCUCUCCUGCCCAUCCCUGCUCUCCUGCCCAUCUCUGCUCUCCUGCCCAUCCCUGCUCUCCUGCCCAUCCCUGCUCUCCUGCCCAUCCCUGCUCUCCUGCUCAUCCCUGCUCUCCUGCCCAUCCCUGCUCUCCUGCCCAUCCUGCUCUCCUGCCCAUCCCUGCUCUCCUGCCCAUCCCUGCUCUCCUGCCCAUCCCUGCUCUCGUGCCCAUCCCUGCUCUCCUGCCCAUCCCUGCUCUCCUGCCCAUCCCUGCUCUCCUGCCCAUCCCUGCUCUCCUGCCCAUCCCUGCUCUCCUGCCCAUCCCUGCUCUCCUGCCCAUCCCUGCUCUCCUGCCCAUCCCUGCUCUCCUGCCCAUCCCUGCUCUCCUGCCCGUCCCUGCUCUCCUGCCCAUCCCUGAUCUCCUGCCCAUCCCUGCUCUCCUGCCCAUCCCUGCUCUCCUGCCCGUUCCUGCUCUCCUGCCCGUCCCUGCUCUCCUGCCCAUCCCUGCUCUCCUGCCCAUCCCUGCUCUUCUGCCCGUCCCUGCUCUCCUGCCCAUCCCUGCUCUCCUGCCCAUCUAUGCUCUCUUGCCCAUCCCUGCUCUCCUGCCCAUCCCUGCUCUCCUGCCCAUCCCUGCUCUCCUGCCCAUCCCUGCUCUCCUGCCCAUCCCUGCUCUCCUGCCCGUCCCCGCUCUCGUGCCCGUCCCUGCUCUCCUGCCCAUCCCUGCUCUCCUGCCCAUCCCUGCUCUCCUGCCCAUCCCUGCUCUCCUGGUCAUCCCUGCUCUCCUGCCCAUCCCUGCUCUCCUGCCCAUCCUGCUCUCCUGCCCAUCCCUGCUCUCCUGCCCAUCCCUGCUCUCCUGCCCAUCCCUGCUCUCCUGCCCAUCCCUGCUCUCCUGCCCAUCUCUGCUCUCCUGCCCAUCCCUGCUCUCCUGCCCAUCCCUGCUCUCCUGCCCAUCCCUGCUCUCCUGCUCAUCCCUGCUCUCCUGCCCAUCCCUGCUCUCCUGCCCAUCCUGCUCUCCUGCCCAUCCCUGCUCUCCUGCCCAUCCCUGCUCUCCUGCCCAUCCCUGCUCUCGUGCCCAUCCCUGCUCUCCUGCCCAUCCCUGCUCUCCUGCACAUCCCUGCUCUCCUGCCCAUCCCUGCUCUCCUCCCCAUCCCUGCUCUCCUGCCCAUCCCUGCUCUCCUGCCCAUCCCUGCUCUCCUGCCCAUCCCUGCUCUCCUGCCCAUCCCUGA